UGUAGUUCGGUGCGCUGGAUUUAGCGCUAGCGACAUAAUUCCAGUUAGAAAUUCACCGUUUAGUCACCGUUUGUACCUGCGAGACAAGUUAAAUCGAUCGUUUUUCAAUGGGUCUUAAGAAAUGUGAUGAAUAAAAUUCAGCAACCUGUGACAAACAAGCUAAUCAACGGUUUCAGCUGAAGUUAUCUCAAGCUUGUCUCCCAGUAGGUUACAGUCCCUGUGACCUAGGCAGAAUCAUGGUGGACAUCGCUGUAAAGAGCGGAGCUGCUUGGGUCUGUCCUGCUCAGGGACAUCACCUGGCUGAUAUCCUGCUGCCUGUUCACCUCAGUAAUGAAGACGAUUAUGAAGAGGAGCUGGGUCAGUCAGGGGGAGAUGAGAAAAACCGGUGUAGCCCGGUGCUGUUGGAGCAGACAGAGGAAGGGUCUCCCUGUGUCCUGACAGUCCACUGCAGUCCCAGCUCCCCUGCUGCCAUCACCCGUCUGCUGGUCAUCAGCGAGGCUCGAACCAUGGAGCUGUAUAACCAGACAGGAGAAUACUGUGGCACGGUACGGGGGAAGAGGGACGACAACAUCCAACCAGACGGUGAAGACAGAGGGCCUUUCUAUAGGAAACAGCUGGUCCUGGAACACCCAUCAUCUGCCUGUGAAGUGAAGCUACUCUCCCUGGCUGGUAAAAGCAGUGUCUUGGUUUGUCGAGUCAUCGUGGGUCUUCAACCAUUGCAGCCCAGCCCUGUCUGUGGCCCUGGCAUUGACAUGCAGCAGGUGCAGUGUCUGGUUGAAGAGAUGGGAAAGAGCCUCUCACCAGGAGCCCAGAACCUCAUGGACAUGGUCCAGUUCCAGCAAAAGAACCAGACCAGCUCUCUGGGUGGUUUCCUGCCUCUCCUGAUGGGCAGUGGAGCUUUCUCUGUCCUGGCUCGAGGAGCAAACGUCUCCGCAGCUGCUGUCAGCAACCGAACCCAGUCUGCAGAAUCCACGGUAUCGCCUCCAGUGGACUUCACCAGCCCUGCAGACGAAGCUCCGCAGGCUCAGAAUGGAGCCAUGUCCAACGGUUCAACCUCUUCCUCUCCAGACUGCCUAGUGUCUGGUGUCAACACUAAGAACACAGUGAGCAGUGACAGCAGAGGCACGGUGAGCCAUGCCCAGCUGGCAGAGAUGAUGUCACAGCUCCUGAAAGGUCAAGGACACGGACAGGCGUUAAGCUCCGGCCCUGAGCUUCUGCCCAUGCUCCAGAGUGUCUGUGGUCAGGUGACGCAGCUGAGGCUGGAUGAUGCUGCAGCAGCAGCAGAGAAAGAGAAGAAGAUGAGAAAUGGCUCAUGGGAGUUGGACUCAGCUAUGGAGCGCCGUCUGGAGGAAAUGGAGAGGAGGCUGAAGGAGCACGUGGACCGUCGCUUGGACGCUCUGGAGCAGAAGCUGGAGAAGGCCCUGCUGAGCGCCCUGCCACUGGUCGUCCUUAACCAGGGAGGUAUGAGCAGUUCAACAGUAGGACCAGCAUCCACCGGACCUGCAGAGACCGCCCCAACACCAGCCAUGCACUGAGAUCAGAACUGCUAAAAGAUUAACUUAACAUAUACCCUGGAGGCCUUACUGCCCCUGGUCUCCCUAAAACCAGACCUUAGUGUCAAAGGGGAGGCAGAGCAGGACGCAGGCACUAACAGAGAUGCAGUAAUAGAUGAAAGGCUGAAAUGGGAAAUGUGGAAAAAAUUAACACAAUAAUUCCAAUAACAAAAACCAUGUUAAACCAGAAGUGUCUCAGUCUCAGCGUCUGUUAUGGUUUCUGUUAAUCUUUUAUCUCUAGUUAAAAAAAGCAGGUGAAUGCCAAACACACCAGCCAGCUGCUGUGAAUGUCCUGGAUGUACAGUACAAUUGUCUCCUCAGCUUGUGAACAUGAUGUAAUGGUUAUAACAAUGGAAACAACAUAUAAUUACGGAAAUUCCAUAUCCAAUUUACAAAAAAAAAAAACAUGUCCUGUGGCUGCACUGCAUUCUGGGCAA